GUCAUUUAGAAAACCGUAAAUUAAAUGCAACCGUGAGAGCCUAACAAAUGGAUACCGGCAAAGUUAUCUGUAGUACCGCAUCUAGUUAUCUCUGCCGGCAAAUGUAUAACAAAAAAAUUAAAUGUUAUAUUGUAUAAAUUAAAGAUAUAAGAGGAAAAAAGUAGACAAAGCAAUUUCAUAAUUUUCAUGAUCAUUAAAUUUUUGGCCGUUAUUAUAAGAGAAAUGUCUUUCUAUAACUAUGAUGAGCAUGAUGAGCUUAUGGAUUACAUUGAGGAGGAUUAUGAGACCACAUAUGAAGAGCAGGGCCGUACGUGGAAAGAAACAUAUGAAUCCUGCAUAGUACCAUCAACUUUACAAAUCAUAUGGUAUAUGUUAAUUCUAAUUGGUUGCAGCUUCGUAUGUCGUUUUGGAGUUGCAGUGUGUCGACGAUUUCACACUAAAAACGACUUGUUACUUCACUCAAUUACCAUAGCUUCAGGAUGCAGUAUGUUAAUGAUAGCCGUGGGUAACAAAUGGCUUAUAAUUGCUUUUUUUGUAAUAAUGUCGUAUGCAGUUUUACAUUUGGUAAAUCUAUUUGAUUCCAUAAGGCAAUAUAUUGGAGUUAUUGUGUUAUUAAUUACAAUUUCAACACAGCUUUGUUGUGAGUUUAUAUGGAAACAACAAGUAGAUUGGCAAAUGAUUAAAGGGUCGUUGAUGGUCUCAAAUAUGAAAAUUAUUUCAAUUGCUUUCGAAAUAGGUAAAUUGAACAGUCGAAACAUUUUAAUUGUGCCAAAUAUAUUUUCUUAUUUUGGUUAUAUUUUUAUGCCUUCAAAUUUAUUAAUUGGCCCUUGGGUACCUUACAGCUCAUACUUGCAGAGUUUGCGUCCCAAGGCACAACUACGAUUAAGCCUACGGUGGGCAAUAUGGUGUUCCCUAUGUAGUGUGCUCUCCUUAGUUUUUCUCAAUUUGUCAAAUUGUAUUGUGCCUUUGUUAUUUUUAUCGAAUCAAUCGUUUAUUUGGUUGAGUAUAUUUCGUAAUGCUUUAUCAGUGCGUUGCAGCCAAUAUUUCGUCAGUUUUCUUUCUCAAGCUUCAAUUACUGCUGGAGGCAUUUCCCUUCAAAGAGGCGAAAAACCGAAUAAGUGGUUGGGUCCUAUGAUAACAAGACCCUUGAAUAUCGAAGUUCCUCGAUCAUUAAGUUCCGCAGUAAAGGCCUGGAACAUACCAAUGCAUUUAUUUUUGAAAGAAUUUAUAUUUAGUGGUGUAUAUGAACGUUUUAAUAGCCAUUCAGUUGCAAUUCUUACAACAUAUUUCGUUUCGGCUCUUCUACAUGGUCAAUAUUUCAAGAUAUAUUUAGUGUUAUUUUCAUUGGCUUGUUUUGGUUUUGUUGAAUAUAAAAUCAGAAAUAAAAUAUCAGUCAUAUUUAAUGCCUGCAUCACAUCAAAUGGCUGUCGAAAGCCCUGCCAUUUUAAAUACUGUCCCAGUAAGGGUUGGCGGAGCGAUGGCGCAAUGUUUGUAAGGAGCUAUGAUGCAUGAAUCAUCAGUUGAAGAAGACACAUCUCUUUUUAAAGAUAUUAUCAAUGAUUUUAAUGUGUGGUCUUCAGUCUAUUUCAUAAACCAUUGGAUAG